UGCCAAUUGAAGGGGCCCUCUUAUUGCAUGAUAAAGGCCGAUCGACGGUUCUUUUUGGCCACUGGUUAUUGUUCGUUCGUUUCUCCCAGCCUCAUAGCCUCCUGGCUAUAUAAAUUAAAAAUAGUAGAUUAUCAAUUGCGUUGAUACCUUUUUUUUCCCUUCAUUUCCCGACCGUACCCACCACGGCUCCUUGCCCCUUACUGCUACCCUUGUAGCUGUAUAUCUCUAUCCCUACUUACAAGCGCGUGGGUUGGACAUAUUUUCACCACUUGUAAAACUUAUCAACCGCCACAAGUAUCGGCAUCAGCGCCGAGAGUUGCACGCUAGGCAUCAUUGUACAGUCAUUGUACCACUUUCUGAAAAUUAUAAGCGUUCUCCUUGGGUUCGACAGCAUACACAUAUAGAACGAAUUAGAGGGUCAGGAGCGAGGGGUGGUCAUAAUGUGGAUCAUUUCAUUCUGGAUUUUUCCGGUCAUAUCGGCCUUCAUGUGGAUAGCAAUGCUCCUUGCAAUGCUAGGGAAUUGGGCGGUACAGGGCACGCCGGUAUAUUCUAGUAUGGAAGAGGGACAAACAAUUGCGUACAUCUCCGAUAUUGGCGCACAGGGCCUCAAACCUUUGUUCAUCACCGGAAGUGUGAUAACGGUUGUAUUCCUGGAUCUCUCGUUCAUCUCCGAACGGUGGCUGCGACACGCCGGUCAAUUGGUGCCGAACAAAGGCAGAUUUGACAAAGCCUGCGCCAUUCUUUCCAUAUUCUUCUCGAUUGCAGGCGCCUUGGGGCUCAUUCUCUUGUCGAUUUUCGAUACAGUGCGCCACCCGGACAUGCACGAUGGGUUCCUGGUCAUGUUCUUGGUUGGUUACAUCAUAAGCGCGAUUCUGAUUUGCGCCGAGUACCUCCGGUUGGGCAUUUUCUACCGCUCUCAGCAUCGGGUCCUAUUCGUCAGCUUUGUAAUUAAACUCAUGUUCAUUAUUAUCGAGAUCGCCCUCGCCAUCGCAUUUGCCGUCCUCGGCAAGAAAGGUCCCAGCAAGAGAAACGCAGCGGCUGUUUUGGAAUGGGUAAUCGCCCUCAUCUUCACAUUCUAUGUUCUGUCCUUCGUUGUCGAUCUGUUACCAUCGGUGCGCACUCGCCGCCACGUUCCACAGGGCGAGAAGCGGAUCGUGAGGUCUGAGAUGGAGAAUGGCAUGGCUCAGCCUAACGCCACGAUUGAAGAGCCAUUAACGACCGACUCAGCCGGGCCUAAUAUGGAUUAUAGCUACUACCGUGGACAACGCAUGUGAUCGGCUUGCUUGAUAAACUUUUUACUGUUUAGAUUUGGUUUGCAUUUACGGUGCAUUAGGGUUAUGUAUGUGUGCUAUAUACCUCGGUGGGGCUGAUUUCAGUGAUGUAUACGAUCCUUGUUUGGCUUUUUAUUUUGGGUCUUCAAUAUACCUUCUAAUGUGUGUGAAUAUACCGGUUACUUUAAUAUAACAAUUGACAUGAUCAAAGAACCGUA